AUGAAGAAGGUAAUGAGAAAGGAAGUGGUGAAGCUUCCUGAUGCUGGUAUAAUUUACCCGAUUUCAGAUACUGGUUGGGUAAGUCCAGUGAAGACUGUUCCGAAGAAGGGAGGCGUCACUGCGGUCCACAACGAAAAAAAUGAACUAAUUCCGACCAAAAUUAUUACUGGUUGGAGGACGUGUGUGGAUCACCGGAGGGUUCACAAGCUGGAAAGUCUAAGAAAAAAAUUGGCGGUACCAAAAAGGGCUAAGACUUCUGCUUCUGCGUCUUUUGAUGAUUUUCAGUUUGCUUAUGCACCAAUGCAUCCAGUGCCACCAGUUCUUCCAUUUGUUGAGUCAUCCCAUGCUGCUGAGGGAGAUGACACAGAGGAUUGA